UGCAUUCCACCGAAAUUUCUCUUCGGUCGGAAGACAGCGUCUGUAACAACCGUGCGAAAAGUCACACCUUGGGAAGUAGCUGGUGGCUUCCCGUUUUGACAUCUCUGAGUGUCUGGUAGCCCAUCACCUCCUGCCAAGAUGAUGGAACUGAAUUUACAUCGGGCAGAUUAUAUCCAGGUCGGGGUCACCACUCCCCGUACCAUGCGGCUCCUGCCUGAGAAGAAAGCUAAGGCACCGCAGCGGGUGGCUGUAGCCGACCAGACUGGUGUCCUACAGUGCUUCAACAUAAAGAAACGGGAACCGGUGAGUGCUUUUAAGACACUACCAGGCCCAAAGAUCAACCGGCUGGAGCUGGGCGGGGCCCUGGGCACCCCUCCCGACAAGGUCUUUGUGACCUCAGGGUCAGAGGUCAAAGGCUUCACCAAGAAGGGCAAACAGUUCCUGGGCUUUGACACCAACUUGACGGAGAGCAUCAAGACGAUGUGGGUGUGCGGAAGUCAUCUCUUUCUGGGAGGCAACUACAUCUUCAACCAUUACGUGGACUGCAAGGACGAGAACUAUUACCUCUGUAGCGACCGCAUCAACGACAUCGUUUGCCUGCCCCUGAGCAGGGUAAAGGAGGUCACGCCCGUCCUGGCCUGCCAAGACAGGGUCCUGCGGGUGCUGGAUGCGUCCAACCUGCUGUAUGAAGUGGAGGUGGCCGGCCCUCCGCAGACCUUAUGUCUGUUUGCCGAUGAAGGAGGUGAGGAUGGCGAGGAGGUUUUGUACGGCACGUCAGAUGGCAAGAUCGGACUGGUGCAGCUGGGCAGAAUGGCCCCAAAUCACAAGUGGGAGGUUCCAAACGAGAAACGCCACGGGGGUGUGCUGUGCCUGGACAACUUUGACAUCACGGCCGACGGAAUCCCCGAUCUGUUGGUGGGCAGAGACGAUGGUCUCGUCCAAGUGUACGGUUACGACGAAUCAGACGAGCCCGUCUUGCGAUUCAGUCAGACGUUGAGUGAGAGCAUCAGCUCCAUCCAGGGAGGAACUGUGGCCACGCCGGGCUAUGAUGAGGUGGUAGCGUGUACCUACGCAGGCUGGAUCCAAGGGCUGAGCACGGAACCGCCCCUCAAGGAGGCGGGGCCAGGAGACAAGGUCAAGGUCAGCCAGGACACCCAGAAUAAGAUUUCAAGUCUCAAAGCUGAGUUGGAGGGUCUCCAGCGUCGCGUGAUCCAGGAGCGGGAGAAGUACCACUACUCGGCCAUGAACACCAAGGCCAUCUCCGCCGUGCCCUACUUCAACAUCAACGACCGGUUCUCACUGAACCGGGACGACGCCAGCUACACGCUCAGCAUCGAGGUGCAGGUAGCCAUUGACAACGUGCUGCUGCAGAGCGACGUGCCCAUCGACCUGCUGGACGUGGACAAGAACUCGGCCGUGGUCAGUUAUAGCUCCUGUGAUACAGAGAAUGGCAACUUUCUGUUGGCCACAUACCGCUGCCAAGCCAACACCACUCGUCUAGAGCUCAAGGUGCGGUCCAUCGAGGGUCAGUAUGGGGUACUGCAGGCCUACAUCACCCCCAGGCUGCAGCCCAAGACCUGCCAGGUCAGACAGUACCAUAUCAAACCGCUGUCCUUGCAUCAGAGAACACACGUACUGGACGACGCAAGGCCCAUGAACACCCUGAAGUUGAGCGGUCAGUUCAGCCUGGCUGAGAUCCACUCCUGGGUCUGCUUCUGCCUGCCGGAGAUCCCCGAACGCACCCCGCCGGGAGACACCAUCAACUUCCACUUCCUCUCCACGUUCCUGGACACCCAGCUGGACUGCCUGUACAGGAAAGGAGAGGGCAUCUUCCGGUCGGACAACAUCUCCACCGUCUCCAUCCUGAAGGACGUCCUGAGCAAGGAGGCCACCAAGCGCAAGAUCAACCUGAACAUCAGCUACGAGGUGCAGGAGGAGUCGGUGCCCGACACGCUGAGGAGGCUGCACCCCAAGCUGGAGUACCAGCUCCUGCUGGCUAAGAAGGUUCAGCUCAUCGAUGCUCUGAAGGAGUUACAGAUCCAUGAGGGGGAUCUAGAAUUCUUGUCCCCCGAAUACCGGCAGAUUCUUGGUGAUGCCGACACUUUGCAGGCAGAGUACAAAAAGCAGCCAUGUCACCUUGAGAGGUUGUACGGAAUGAUUACAGAUCUCUUCAUUGACAAGUUCAAGUUCAAGGGAACCAACGUAAAAACCAAGGUGCCUCAGCUCCUGGAGGUUCUGGAUAACUAUGAGCUCCAGAACCUAAUCGACUUCUUCAACUCAGCUGGCUCAUAAAAAAACCCAAAAAGAGUCAAGCUCCCCGAAAAUCAGUCUCGUUUCUUCACCAAAACGAAUCUUGUGGCAUCACUUCCAAUUUAGAAACAAACACUGUCCAUUGUGCAACACCUGUGCUUGCCAGGAUUCUGCUUCAUUGUAACUGGUCAAAGGAGAGAGCUUGGUGAUGUUUCAAAAUCCUGUCGGGGUGCUAUAGGGCCCAUGUAAAAAAUGGAGAGGUCACUUUGUUGUCUGACCCCAAUAUUGAAAUUACGACUUCAUGAGGUGAGAUGUUUCAUGUAUUACUCACAGUCACAGCACUUCCCAAGCCUACCAGGUCUGGAGAGAUUUAACACUUUUCUGCGUCAAAUCGUGUUAGCACUCUGUCGUUUUCUGGACUCACCGGUGGACAUUAAAAUGCAUUGUAGUCACAGAUGGGUUUAAGAAGUCCUGCAUUGGGAUUGGCAAGAAGUACAAGUGACCAAUUUUCCACUGAAUGUGUACAAAAUGAGCAUUUUUGGGUUUGAGGUACAGACCAAAGUCUCCAAAGUUUUCUGCGUUGACAUUUGCCUAGGAGUGUUAUAGGAGUGCGUAUAGCCUACAUGGGAGUGCUUUAGUCAUUAGCAAAAGUGGUCCAUUCUAGGCAAGAGAGAGUAGAGCAAACUAAUAAAGCAUUCAACGAGUGCCAAAAGAAACUGUGUACAACUUUUUUUAUCAGGAAUACAUGCAUUCUGUCAGUGCUCUCUGUCUUUACAGGUUUCCAAGUCUUUGCUGCUUGGAAGUGGGGUGUCUGGUGUAACACCCACCUGUUCUGGUGAUGUCUUUGUCAUUCCUCCAUUUGAGAAGAUGAUUUUUGUAUUAAACGGUGUCGUUAUUUUGUGAGGUGGGGUUUUUUCCCCCAGAUUUUCAAAAUUGGAAUUUCCAUUUCGUUUUUUGUUUUAGUACAAACAUUGUUUUCUUUGUGGUAACAUGUACAUGUGACCUACACAUGCAGAGGAGAGGACUAAAUUCCAAGAAUUCAUACAUUUUCAAUUUUUGCAAUGAUGACAUUUUUCUUCUUGUUGUGGAACCAGUCUGUAUUUAGAUCCACUGUUUGUCUCAUUAUGCUGGACAGCCACACCUGCUCCUAGAAACAAUCCUAGACCUUGUUUGCCCUACAAUAUGCUUUGCAACAGAAAACAUAGACUACAUUGGAAAGUACUCUUUAUGUGUAAAAGUACAUAUUUGCACUUGCUGUGUAUACUUGAAUGGAAUCUGUACAUUGUAUAUGAUUGUAAAUAAAAGUAUCUUUUAUCAUUGCUGUGACAGUCAGUGCUACUGAAUCAUUUCAUUUUGAAUAUAUUACAAGCCGUGCGGUGACUCACGGAGGGUCCAGUUUCAUGUUUCAGCUCAAAGUGAUAUGAAUUGCAAAAUUAGGGCCAUAAAAACAGAAAGAUGAAAGGAAUAUCAUGAUCCUUUUCGGGCAAAUUUACCUGGAUUGGAACCUGUUGAGUGUGCAGUGAAAUUUCUGCCACUGAGGUACUGCAUGUUCUGGGCACUUCUUAACAAGUAUAUAUUUGCACUUGCUGUGUUAAGACUCUCUUGUUACUUCAUAACAAGGUUUAAGGCAAAAAGUUUGUGCUGUGCAUGGUCAGUUAAUGUACACAGAUGGAAGCGGCAUCAUCCUACUGUGUUAUGUAUUCCUAGUUUUAUAUCUCAAAAAAUCAAGGCCUUUAUAAACAAACUCUGGUUGAAUUUGGUUCAACUGAAAGAGUUCGCCCCUUUCAACGUGAUGUGUCAUUCGGAGGUAAACAGAUUCCGUGGGAUAUCGUUUGUAAUUGAUGAGGGGCGAGAUUGAAGUAUAGCAGUAUGUCAUUGUAUCAUUACUGAUGAGGUUUCUUGCCUCUUAAUCUUACACAUUUUGGAAAACCUUAUGUAUGUAGGGUUUGUUAAUAAACCUAAAUUGACCCUUUGAAGACAGG